AAUAGGGAAAGAACUGAAAAGGAGCGCCAUUUUGAGUGUGCAGAAAUUUGUUCUUCUGAUAUUCGCCAACGCCAAUGGAUUGAUUCCUUCUAACAAUCUUCUUCGCGAUUCAAUGGAUUGAUAAUCUCUGGUUUGCUUCUCUGACUGACUGACUGACUGACUGACAGGCAAUGGCGUUGAAGAGGAGCCUUCCAGGUUUGUCCAAUCACAGGGACAAAGCCUGUCGAUCUUUAAAUCCGUUUGUCAUUCUUAUCUUCUUCUUCUUCGUGCUUGCGCCUUUGAUUUUCUUCGUUGGAAGAGGACUAUCAUCGAAUAACGCGUUAAAAGGUCCAUCUGGGGUUUUAGGUACUUCUAAACAGGACAUAAAUUGGGGAGAAAAAUUGGCUUUACAACAUGUGAAAUCUCUUUUCUCUAAAGAGGUGAUCGAUCUGAUAAAAGCCAACACAAAUGACUUGGCCCCCCAUAGUCUAGGCGCUUUCAGGAAAAACAAUUUCUCUGUGUCAUGGAAAUUUUCUGGUAAAAAAGUUCCUCCUGAGAGCAAUACUAUUUCUACUGAGGCAUACCAAGAUGCUACAAAAAUCAAACUAGAAACAAAUAAAGCAAAACUGGAGGACACUACAGAUCAUGCUCAGCUUAUCUAUUCUCCAGCAAAACUAGCACGAAGGCAAAUGAGAGAAAAAAAGCGUGAAAAGCGUGCUGCUGACUUGGUAAAACAAGACGACGAAGUGAUUAUAAAACUCGAAAAUGCGGCGAUUGAACGUUCAAAGUCUGUUGACUCGGCAGUUCUGGGAAAAUACAGCAUAUGGAGGAGAGAAAAUGACAAUGAGAACCCUGAUUCAAAUGUGCGGUUGAUUCGAGAUCAGAUGAUUAUGGCAAGAGUUUAUAUUAGCAUUGCGAAUGUCAAGAAUAAGUCUGAUUUAGCCCUUGAACUUCAGAAUCGACUUAAAGAGAGUCAACGAACAUUAGGAGAGGUAACGGCUGAUGCUGAACUGCCACGCAAUGCACCUGAGAAAAUAAAAGCUACGGGUCAAGUACUAACAAAAGCUAGAACAGAAUUGUAUGAUUGCAAGCUUGUGACAGGAAAACUGAGAUCUAUGCUUCAAUCAUCUGAUGAACAAGUUAGAAGUUUGAAAAAACAGAGCACAUUUCUGAGCCAAUUAGCAGCCAAGACUGUUCCCAAUGGAGUUCAUUGCUUAUCCAUGCGUUUAACCAUUGAUUACUAUCUCCUCUCCCCAGAGAAAAGAGAGUUCCCUAGAAGUGAGAAUUUGGAAAAUCCUAAACUUUACCAUUAUGCCCUUUUCUCGGACAAUGUAUUGGCUGCUUCAGUAGUCGUCAACUCCACCAUCAUGAAUGCUAAGGAGCCAGAGAAACAUGUCUUCCAUCUUGUAACCGAUAAACUGAAUUUCGGAGCUAUAAACAUGUGGUUUCUAUUGAAUCCUCCUCGUAAAGCUACCAUACAUGUUGAAAAUGUUGACGAAUUUAAAUGGCUAAAUUCUUCUUACUGCCCAGUUCUAAGACAGCUUGAAUCUUCCUCCAUGAAAGAAUACUAUUUCAAGGCAGAUCAUCCGACUACUCUCUCAGCCGGCUCAUCAAAUCUAAAAUACAGGAACCCCAAGUAUCUUUCAAUGCUUAACCACUUAAGGUUUUACCUUCCUCAAGUUUACCCAAAGUUGGAUAAGAUACUUUUUUUGGACGAUGAUAUUGUUGUUCAGAAGGACUUAACCGGAUUGUGGUCUAUAAACCUUAAUGGAAAGGUUAAUGGUGCUGUGGAAACGUGUGGGCAAAGCUUUCAUCGAUUUGACAAAUAUCUGAAUUUCUCGAAUCCACAUAUUGCGAAACAUUUUGAUCCGAAUGCUUGUGGGUGGGCAUAUGGAAUGAAUAUGUUUGAUCUUGUUGAAUGGAAAAAGAAGGAUAUCACUGGGAUAUAUCACAAGUGGCAGAAUAUGAAUGAGGAUCGUGUGUUGUGGAAGCUAGGGACGUUGCCUCCAGGUUUGAUAACAUUUUAUGGGCUAACGUAUCCACUAGAGAAGUCGUGGCAUGUGCUUGGUCUAGGUUAUAAUCCGAGCAUUGAUAAAUUGGAGAUUGAGAAAGCGGCUGUUGUACAUUAUAAUGGGAAUAUGAAACCUUGGUUAGAGUUGGCUAUGAAUAAGUAUCGAUCUUAUUGGACUAAGUAUAUUAAAUUCGACCAUCCUUAUAUUCGCGGCUGCAAACUCAGCGGGUGAAAGACGCCACGAGAAUGUUGAUCUUUGGAAUUUGUUUAUUCUUCUCUUUUUUUUUUUGUAAUAGUAUGAUGGGUUAGUUAGGAUUUUGCCUUUGUUUUAUUUGUUUGUUCAUGCAUUCAAAUUUCAAUUCAAUUUAAUUACCUUAUUAGUUGUUGUAAAGAAUGAUGUGAAAUGUGAAUGAAUGGACAUGGAAAUAUAUAUUUAUUGCCG